UCUGUUAAAGAGGAAUCUAAUUUAACUCAUAUAUGGGCAAUUGGCAUUUAUUCUGUUAAGAGUGAAGAUUGUAAAAUUGAGAUAGUCUUGUUCAUCCCUAUAAAUGAUCAUGAUAGAAAUCCUAAUACGCAAUCUGUUUUUGUUAAAAAUGAGUAUUUUAGUAUUGGUGAGAAGAUGACUGUUGCAUUGUCUACGCAUCUUACAAUUAGAAAAGAUCCUGGUUCAAACAGGUGUUCAUUAAAAGUUUCAUUGGUUGGUACUAUUCAAGAUGCAGCACAAGAAGUUAACAAUAAAAAUUUUAAACAUUUGAUGAAUUCUAUUAGAUCAGAUGUUUCAGUACUUUUUAUUAUAGUGCAGAUGGAGGUUAUUCAGGGAGAUUUAUACAUGUAUGCUAUUGAGACCUCUUUUGUUAAUGCUUAUUUUGUAGAUAAAAAUGAAGGAUUAUACAAGUUAGUUCAAUCAAGACUUUUAUCUGCUUAUCAAAAUGUUAGCAGAAAAUUUUCCAAAACUUCUAUUGAAAAUAAUAAUAAAUGUGCGGAGAUAAAUCAAACUACAAUUGAUCUGUCUAUUUCUAUUGAGGAUGAAGAUUCUGAACAUAUGGGUUCAGAUUAUAUUGAGAAUGAAUGCUUAGUUAAGGACAAUAAGGUGUAUGUUGAUGAAGGUAAUAAAUUAGUUAGAUGUGUUAUUAAUGAAAAUGUGAAGAAAAAUUGUUCAGAGGAAGAUAAUGGAUCUGGUAGAAAUGCUAUUAAUGUAAGUAGAAAAAGGGGUUGGAGCAAAAAAUAA